GGGACAUAAAGUAGUAUAGAUUAGUAUAAAGGGACAUAGUUACCAUUUUUUUGAUCUAAAAAACAAUUUUCCCUUUUUUCUAUUUGUUUUUUUUUUUCUGUUUGUCUGUUUUUGCGUAUAUUAUUAUUGUGUGAGGAAUAGGUCACCCUCUUUUGUACUUUUGCACCAAAAGAAAAGAUAUUUUUUCGGGGAAAAAAAAAAGAAUUUGUAAGUUGGGGGUUUUUUGUUUGGUAGGCGACAUGUUUUUACUUCGUCUACUAUUUUCAUUGUUUUUUUUUUCUGAAACUACUAUUGUUAUUGUUUCCCAAUCACUUAAUUAAUUAAUAAAACUUGGAAAAAAAAAAGAAACAUGAUAACAGCUUUGGUUGGAUUUGGCAUGUGGUUCUGUUAGAUACCAAACCCAAUCACUCGCAUUUUCAUCUUAGCAUCUCUCUAAAUUCCUGCUUUUUAUACCAUCUUCUCUCCCCCCAUACCAAUCACUAACCUCAUUAUUAUUUGUUUAGAUUCAAGCAGAUUAAUUAGCGGGUUUAAAGAUAAAAUUCUGUAGCAAGAGAAUGCCGUCAAACAGUGAUCGCCUCUUUUUCUUUUCAUCUUCUUCCCUUUCAUCUUCGUCAUCUUCUUCUCAGCUAAGCACUCCAAGUGAAUGUCAAAAUGGGUCUUCUCGAACCAUAACUAAAUCUCCUCUCUGGGAUGUGGAGAAGGCCAAGUGCAGCUUCGGUUUCUCAAAGCCUAAGUCUAGCGAAGUACUGAAGGAAGAGAUAGCCGAGCUUGAGACAGAGAUCUUACAGUUAGAGCGGUACCUUCUCUCGCUCUACAGAACAUCGUUUGGAGAUCAUUUGCAUGCAUUCACGUUACGAGAUGAUUCUUCGCUUCCUCCACCAAAGCCAAACACGACUAAAUUUCAAAAUGACAGAGUCACUUCUGUGUCUGAUACAUCUCUCUCGUCGAGCAUCAAACCGUUGUCUGAAUCGGACAAUAAACAUAGAUCAGAGUUCAGCAACCCGAGUUUGGCAGAUCUUCUUGGUCUUAACACUCUCAGUUCCAAUAAACUCUCUGAAGAGAUUGUGAGACUUAUCUGUGUAAUAAUCAUCAAACUCUCAGACAAGGGACAAAGUAGAUUUGUCAAGAAUGAAAAAUAUGGAGAAGAACUUGGAGUUGUUAUCAAUACACUUCGCCUAAAUGAGGUCAAUUUGAAGUCCGUAGAGAGUUUUCUUCAGAAAUUCAGAUCAUUGGUUCAAAAGCUUGAGAAAGUUGAUCCGACAAGUAUGACUCGGGAGGAGAAGCUUGCAUUCUGGAUCAAUAUUCAUAAUGCUCUGGUGAUGCACGCGUAUAUACUAUAUGGGACUGGUGAAGAUAUAACAGGCACAAAGGCAGCAUUUAACAUAGGUGGGGAGUGGGUAAACGUAUACGAUGUUCAGAGUUCUAUUUUAGGAAUUCGUGCAAGCCAUUCACCAACACGUGUAUGGACGUUGUUUUCACCGGCUAGGAGUUCAAAGACAAGUAGGAGUCACACAUAUGCGUUGGAGUAUGCGGAGCCACUUCUUCAUUUUGCCCUUUCAACUGGAACAUUAACUGAUCCUAUGGUUCGAGUUUAUACAGCGGAAGGAAUACUCCAAGAACUUAGGCAAGCAAGAGACAGUUUCAUACAAACAAGUGUUGGAUUUGAAAAGGAGACAUGGAUUCUAUUGCCAAAGAUCAUUUACAACUAUGCAAAUGACACUUCUCUGGACAUGGCUGAACUUUUCAAUACAAUAUCAGGGUGCCUAACAGAGACACAAAGAACACAAAUGAAAAGGGCUGUGAAAAAAAAGCAAGAUAGAUGCAUUCGCUGGAUGAAGCAUGAUUCCGACUUCCGUUAUAUUAUCCAUUGUCGGAAUACGUAAGAGAUAGUCUAGGAAUCUGAACUCAUAUCUUUUGUAUCUAUAAUCGUUCCAUGUUCUUGUUUUAUUACAAAAAGUUGUCUGCAUCACUUAUUUUAUAUAUGUGCAUGAUAUGAGCCGACGGCGAUCUCGUAACCGGUGCCGUCUUUAAACGUUAAGAAGAGAAAGAGAAGUAGCUAAGCUUCCUUUAACCCUAAGCUCACCUGGAGAUUAAGGUUAAUUGUUGGAAGUUGAAUCUUUAUUAAUCAUAAGAAGCUAUUAUAUAGGUUACAAGAGAUCAUAACCUAAAUUAAAAAGGAAAAGUAACUUAACUAAAAAGGAAAAAAACACCAAACUCUUAAUCUAACGCUAAAAGGAAAUCAUUAAGACCGUAAUCUAACUCCAAAACCAUAUCUCAAAUCAUUACUCUCCUCCUCGACUAGGAGCUUGUCCUCAAGCUCCAGGUAAGCUUCUAGCAGCUUCUCUUUUUCCUCCAACAUAUUCCACGAAUUCUUCUUCUUUGCAAUGUUCAUCCUCUUGAUCAUCCCUGUCCAUGACAGGCAUUAUAUAAAGGAACAUUUGUUGAAAUGCCCUACUUUCUAAAAUAAAAGGGAGAAUGGUACUCUUCCAAAGAAAAAUUAUUAAAUGAGUUCACCCGCUUGUGAAAUUACCAUUUAACCAUUUUUAAACAAGAAUGCCAUUAUUAGUUUUACAAAAAUUAAAAAAUAAUAAUAAAAGAUAACACUUUACUUUCAUCUCUUCAAUGACUAUCUCCCACAUCAUAUCUCCCAUAGUUGUUCAUACCUUUAAGCCUUAGCACUACUUUCUCUACUAUCAGAUCUCCUUAUUGGUGGAAGGCGAACAGAUUAUAUGCGAUUUGAUUGACAGAAACUUCGAAACCAGAUCUGAUACACCAGGAAUGGAACAAUAUCUGAGACACCAGAUUAUAUGCGAUUUGAUUGAACAAAGGCGAAGUCUUUUUUUUUAUGGUUGCCUUAACAAUCUUGUUUCUUGCCGCUACGAUUUACUAUACCUUUGUUGUCUUUCUAAAAAAAAGUUAAGCAAUGUGUUUUUCGGAUCUACUGACGCAAGUUUUAUUAUGCAGAUAAUGUUGCACUUAAUUACUGUUUUUGGACAAUGGAAGAUGGAUAAUGUUGGUUGGGAGUUCGUUCUUGAUCCAAGUAAGAAGGGGAAUGCUUUGUUUGUUGAAGUUGAUACGAAUUAUGAAGAUUUUCUCCGCAUGGUUUGUGAAGAUUACAAGAUUAGUGAGAUGGAAGCGGUCGAGUUUGCUUAUAUGUUGCCUACAUGUAUAUUGGAGCAAAUGCCUAGCAACACUCCUCCGAUUUUCUUUAGUAACAACAUACAACUUGCAAGCUUUAUCACAUUGUUCAAGACAAACAUAAUGUGUAUUUAUGUCUCAUUGACAGCAAACAAAGGUCGUUAUGAUGUGAACAGAAAUCAAGAGCGUGUUGUCAGAGAGAAUGCUGCUGCGGAUUUUGGUAGUUUAGAAAUGUUCAGUACGAGACUAUGAAGCCAUCACAGGAGAUUAUGAAUCAACAACCACAUGAUAGUAUGAAUCAGCAACCACAUGAGCCUAUGAAGCCAUCACUUGAGACUAUGAAGCCAUCACAGCUGCGGAAGAGUGAAACCAUUAAUUCUGGUGACAUAUUCAGUGGAAAGAAGGAACUAAUAAUGAAAUUACGCAAGCUUUCAGUGAUCAAAAGGUUUGAUUUCAUCAUAAAAAGUCUUGGAAGCAUUUAUUUUAUGCAAAGUGCUUCGUUCCUGGAUGUUCCUGGAAGAUACGUGCUGCAAGUAUGUCGAAAUCAUAUCCAGAAUUCCUCGUUCGUAAACAUACUGAUCUUCAUACAUGCUCUGCGGCCGAUAGGUAUUCUCGCCACCGACAUGCAAAUGCAAAAUGUAUUGGCAAGAUGUAUGUCGAGGGAUUUAGUGGUGGCAGUGAUCUCUGCAAGAAGGCGAUUUCGAGGUAGAAAGUUAAUUUGAUGACUUUCAGCAGGUCACGUUGGUGUCGAUCGACACCAACCACCGAGCAUCGAAAGACAUACACCAAUCAAAAUCGAUCGACAGGAGUACCAGAGCAUCGAUCAACAACGCCUACAGAAUCAACCGCGUCUUGCAAUGCCGUGAAGAUUCUAACUCACGAGGAGUUCGCAGCAAAACACCCACAUCCGCCCAGCCCUGACAAUGUCCGAAUCGAUCGACAUACCAACAGCAAUGUCGCUCGACACUCAGAAGCUAAUAUCGAUCGAUACUCAUCACCUCCUUUCGAUCGACGAGCCCCUAUCACCUACCGAGUGCAAAUGCCAAAGAUAGAUGUGGCACGACUUAACGCACUCAGGCCCAAACCUAAACCUUCAGAAUAACCACCGAAGCCUGUCAGGACACCUUUCGAUGAUGGAGAUGAUCCUAUGAGAGAGGAUAGGGUUUCUACUGGAAGAACCCUAAGGAGAAGAAAGAAAAAAGUGGCGAAACAUUUGAAGAGGGGGGCUAUUGAAAAGGAAAAUAAAAAUUUUCAAAAGAGAGUCUUCAGGAUUCCUCUACAUAAGCCAUUCGAAGAAGCUUAUUACAGCUUUAGAUUGUGGAUAUUCUUCAAAGAAACCAGAGAAAAAGAAGAAGACAUUAUGAGAAUGUUCUGUGAAGCCAGAGAAAUGAUGAGGAGAAAGAUUACAUUGAAGAAGAAGAGUGAUCCUGGACAAUUUGCAAUACCAUGCACAGUGCAGGGUAUUAAAUUCCCACAUGCCUUGUGCGACACAUGAGCAUCAGUCAGCAUCCUACCUAGGGUUAUGGUACACCAUCUGGGUCUGCAGGUGGAGCCUUCGCAGGAAUUAUUCACUUUUGUGGAUUGUUCCCAGAAGAACUCAAGAGGAAUUGUGAGAGACCUAGAGGUGCAGAUUGGUAAUGUCCUAGUUCCAGUUGAUUUCCAUGUCCUGGACAUCAUGUUAAACAAGAACUCUUCUUUACUACUUGGGACAACCUUCUUGUCAACAGUGGGAGCAGUGUGCAACUUACAAACCAACCAUUUGUGUCUAACACUCAUCGAUCCUAAUGCCCACUACGACCCUAUCCCAGUCAAGAAGCCAGAGACGAUCUCCAGAAGAAUCAAUGAUACCGAAAUCAUUGCAGCUUGCCACUAUGUAGAUGAGUACGAAACUGAAUAUUCAGCAUCGAUCGAGAUUUACACAGCAACAUCGGUCGACAGUAGUAACCAGAAAUUGACCAACAUACCACAUGAUGAAUCAGUCGACACGUAUCCGAAUGAGUGGGAGAAUGACUACUACAACCCCACUAUUGACGCUUACACAAGAAAAAAUAUGCAUACAGACGAGUAUGAUGAGAACUUCGAGGAGGAACGAGCCAUUGAGUACAGAGCCAUCCUUGAUGAGGAAGAUAAACUCUUACAUCAUUCCUCUUAAAAAAGGAAUGCACCAUCGUUCGACAGGACGAGCUGGCAAUCGAUCGACACUCAACCUCAACAACGAUGCCGAAAGCGAGCAUCGACCGACACUGCCUGCUACAAAUCGGUCGACAUUGAUUUCAAUCGAGCGCGAGAAGGAGAUUACUCGAUCGGUAGUUGGGAAGAUGAACCCCACCACGAGAGAUUUGCAAUAGAAACAAUAACCUACACACCAGGAGCAGAUAAACUACAAGAUAGUUUCACAGACAAAGAGCUGCUCAACAUGCAAAAACGCGAUGUUACAGAUCAGAUUUAAGCAGAAGCUGCAUGGGAAAGAACUCGUUUCAGCGAAUCGAUCGACACUCGUCACCAGCAAUCGAUCGAUAAGCUCCCUCAACAAUCGAUCGAUAAGCUCCCUCAACAAUCGAUCGACAUCAACAAUACCACAUCGAUCGACAACCAUUCAAUACCGAAAACCACUGUAAGCAAAAAAGAUAAAUUAGAUAACCAGUAUCUAACUCCAAACGAAUUUGGUAUUUUUAAGGACCCUAAUGGCUUCGCAAAAGCAAUAGAUAACCACACAUUACACGUAUCUCGAGAAGAUAUCGCAGAUAUCCUUCAGACAUCCAAUGUAGCAGACAAUUUGUUCAUGCAUCAACGUAGCAACCGCGAACAGAAGACUACAAAAGAGUUCUAUGACGCAGCUGGUGGCAUAGAAAACAGCUUCAAACAACGAUCUCGCCAUACAAAUCAUCCAUCGAUCAACAUAGACGUUCCCACGGUCACCAGACAGCCAGAAUUCAGCCGAAGAGCUUUUGACCUUUAUGGUAACAGGAAAUUUUACUGGGAAGAGAAAGAUAAGUAUGGAGUCUACAGAGAUGAUCAAAAAUUUGCCAGAGAUCUAGAUGGACACACCAUCCCAGUUCAUAACAAGGAUAUCAUAAGACUUCUGGAAAGAGCUUCAAGAGAUGAGCCAGCCUACAUAUGUCUUCUUAAACAUGCUCUCUCAUUCACACUGACAAAGUUGGUACCAGAGAUCUACACCAAGGAUGAGAUCAAUGAGAUGCUCUAUGGAGUCUCUGGUGAACAUGAUAGGAACAAAGAAGCCUUCCAGAUGAAGCUUGAUGGUGUCUACUAUUCAUUGAAUGAUAGUAUAAGUUGGCUAACUACUUGCAUGGAGGAGAUGAAUAAGGACAUAGCCCGAAUUUAGAACGCGACCGGCACUGCUCGACAAGCAUCGGUCGACAGAAGACGACCCCAAUCGAUCGAUAGCAGACAAUCACAAUCGCUCAAUAGCCACCAUCACGCAUCGAUCGACAACCGCCUGGCUGCAUCGAUCGACACCAAUCCACCACGCCCACACACAAUUAAGUCUCAGCCGGAUUUCUACACCAAUAGAUCAGUUGGUAAAAGAGAUCUACAGAGCUCUGGAAACUACAGAGGAGAGGCUUGAUGGGAGAUGUGAUGACAUCUAUUUUUCAAUGGACCUUACCAUCAGUGCAUUGACCUCCAAAGUCGAAGCUAUACAAGGGGAGUUGGUGGAUAUUCAGAGUUACAUUGCACGUCGACCAGAAGCAUCGAUAUCGAUUGACAGACGUAUCAAUAAAUCGAUGGACACCAACCAUUCAGCAUCGAUCGACAGUGAUACAAACUUAGGCCGUCUAGUACCAAAGACGACAUCCGAAAUGUCCAACACACCUUACCAUGGAAAAGAAAUCUCAACUGACACUUACGCCGCACUUACCAGACAUCAAUUCAACCUUGAGAUUCUUGGUGAAAGAUUGCAGAGGAUUGAAAACACAACUGCAGCAAUGAAGGAUAAAUGGCGCAGAGGGAAUAAAGCAAUGUGAGACUUUACUGGUACAUGGUUCAACAAACGCAAAGAGGAGAUGGAUACUUGUUUUCCAACAAGUCCCAGUUCUCAACACUACUAGCCAAAACACCUCCAAAGUCAAGCUAAAUGACUAUAACAAAGCGCUGAGUGGGAGGCAACCCACAAUUAGGUUAUAUUUAUUAAGUUUUCAUUGAUUUACUAUUUAUGUUGGUUUUUAAUUAUUACAAGUCAUAAAAAAAAAUCAGAACAAAAAGAAGAUCCGAGUAGACGAUUGCCAUCUGUAUCGACCGACGCGAACAAGUCGACAUCGAUCGACAUUUCCUUACCUGCGUCGACCGAUAUCAACAUCCUUACAUCGGUCGACAUAUAUUCCAGUCUGGUAUAUCGUUUCUACUUGUUACAUUGAGUCCUUAUGAUUUAUUUCUCACCAUAACUCCGACUGAAUUUACACUAGGGACAGUGUAAUUUAAGUCAGGAGGAAGGUUUACUGAUAUUUAUUUAUUAGUCUUAUUAAAAAUGUUAUCAAAUUAAGUUAUUAUUGAGUCAAGAAAGAGAUUAUGAACUUAUAGAUUUUGCUAGAUAUCUAACCACUCUUUAGCACCAUUCUAGACUUACUGAUUGCAGAUAGUACUAAAGAUACUAAAGUGGAUCAACCUGUCAACUAUCCAGUCUUGCUAAGAGUGUUUUGAAGGAACCAAAGCUGACCUCCAACACUAAACCUGACACAACUGCUUGUUUUGGGGCUUGGUAUACAUGGGAUCGGAUUCUUCAACCAAGUCUGGAAGGUAAAGCGUUGUGUAUAUAGAUUUAUCACCCUUUCUCUUUCUAUUUUUGAAACUUAGAUUAUAAAAAAUAUAUAUAUAUUAUUAUAUUAGAGAUUUAUUAGGAAGAAAUUCGAACAUCAUUUGGUGGCUACAACCAUUAAGGCUUGCUUCAUAAGAAUUUCAUAGGUAAAGGAUUAGAACAGGACUUGGUGGCUACAACCAUUAAGGCUUGCUUCACAAAUAAUCCUAGGAUAUAGGUCAAAAAGAAGUGAACAUGACUUGGUGGCAACCACCAUUAAGGCUUGAUUCAUGGAAGCAUGUCCAAUCUUGGUUAAUGAUCUUGCAUAUAAGCAGAUUUUUAACCAAGAGAGAAAAUUAGUAGAGAGAGAGGAUAACAACUAAUGUUUACCUGCAGUCCAGAUACUUGUUUGAGAAUCUUUGAAUCCUGUGAUCGAUAUUCCCAAGGUAAAACCUUCACUUUUAUUUUAUGCUAAGUUGUUGGCUAGAUGAAUUUGGAUGCUAAGCUAGGAUAUGGUAUGAUGUUCUUUUGUGAUUAGGAUUUCUUAGAUGUAGAUUGCAGUAUUGUAGAGGUGAUGAUUCUAAGUCUUAAAUCAUGUGAGUCCCUGUUGUUUUUAAAACCUCUUUCAGAGAGAUUGUCUGUUUGUUUUGCUUGAGGACAAGCAAAAUGGUAAGUAUGAGGGAGUUGAUAGACUAUGGACUUGACCCAUUUUCAUCCAUAGUUUAUAGGUGUUUUUACUAAUAUUUAUAUUAUUAUAGAGUCUAUUUAUUAUAUUUAUAAGAUCAGGAAUGUUUUGGAGAUAAAUGAUGAUUUUGGAGCAUUUUUGAGAUAUUUGGAGUAAGCAUCCGAGAUGACCAUCGAGAUCGACAAUCGGUCGAUAUUGGAGAGAUAGAAUCGAUCGAUACACAAGUCAUGGUGAUCAUCGAUAGCGAAGCGCGCUGAAAGUCCGUUUGGUCACAGCCAACUUGAAGCCCAAGAUUUCGCUAUUUUACAAGAUUGCCCCUGACGUGUUUUACUCUAAUUAUAUAAGCUUUGCUGCCAUGUUAGAGGCAAAGUGUGUUUUCUUUGUGUUUCAUUGUUUUAUUGAUAGAUAGGAGAGAAGAUCCAAAGUUAUAAUUUGUGAUUGGAACUCCAUUGAUAUUUAUCUUAUUUAUUCUAUGAAGUUUUUACCUAACCAUUGUUAUGAAUUGCUUAGCCAUGUCUGAGUAGUUCUCUUGUUAGAUUUUAGGGUUUAAAUAGGUUAGGAGGGAUUAGCCCCAACUAUAGAUUGCUGAGUUGUGAUAAUCAUCUUUAGGAUUGUUCAUUAAUGUCUGUUUCUAGAUUUGCUACCUAGAACAUGUCCUUGGAUAUGUCAUAGACCUCUCGUAGGAGAAGGUCUUUCUCGGGGUGAAAUAUAGCCUUGGCGGCUGUAGAGUUGAUGAGCUCUGGAGCUGAAUAUUUUCUCUCAUAGAUGGACGUGUUGCAGACAUGCUUCCAUGAAUGUAGAACUUCAUCUUGUUGGUGUUAAUCGCAGGGAUUCAUCGGUUAUAAGCAUUUUGAUGAAGAUGGCCUUCUAGGUCUCGAAUCUUGCCUCAGCGACUAUGGAGAUGAUGAGCUCGUGUCUCUCUCUCUAUGUUAUGGACAUCCUCCUCUUGUUUAGGUUUAACAACCUCUCUUUAUCAUGGAGGUCGUGCCUCCCUCUUCAGAUUUGGAAAUAUUCCAUAUAUCUGAAGAUAAUAAAAUCUUUCCAUUUUUCUCAAGGGCGGCUUAUCAUAUUGAAAUAUUUCCUCUUUUUCUUGGAUUUAAGAAGAUUCCUUUUUCUCUAAGCUGGUUACCUGAUAAAUGAAAGAUUUCCAUUUAUCUUAAGGCAGGAGAAAUCACUUGGCUUGAAAGACGGAGGAAGGUCCCAGACCUGGGGGCAGAGGGACCCGGGAAUCAGAGGCAGGAAUCCGGAUCCUGGGGGCAGGGACCUGGAAGACGGAAGCUGGAGUAAUCUCUUCAUGGAAUAUUUUUCCCCAACAAGUAUCAGGGAUUACAGCCCCCUGGUCAUCUAUUUUAUGACCUGCUACAUUAUGCAGAUGACCCUCCUGGUCAUGCAGGUUUCCAGUCGCAUCCUGAAUUAGAACUAUAGUCGCAACCAUGGCUCGCGGCUCAGUAUGGAUCGAUGUCCGAUGUGGAGUGUUGAUUGAUGUCGGGUGGGAAGUGUCGGUCGACGGAAGAGUAGUCUCACGGUGGAAGGCGACUGUCGGUCGACGAACGAGUGUUGUUGUCGAUCGAUGUGGUGCGUUUUUCUUUGCGGAUUGAGCGUUAUAAACGUGCAUGAUCUAAAAAGAGCAGUGUUUGUUCUUUGUUGCUUUUGGUACUGCUGGGCAUGUACCUGAAAGACAAGAAAAAAAUUUAUCAGUUUUUUGCAAGUAACAAAAAACUUAGACUAAACCUAACUAAAUAAAGAUGUAAUGGCGAUCGAAGCUCCACGGCAACGGCGCCAAAUUUGAUCACUCAAAUUAUCCUGAGGAGUAAUUUGUACUCUCUCAAAUGAGAGGUAAGGUCGGGUUGUAGUACUUAGGGAUCGGAUUCAUAGGGAGCUAAGACACACAAAAGAUCUAGUAGUUAUGUGGUUAAGCUAGGUCGAAUGGUUUAAAUGUAAAUAGCAGGGGUGAGCAAAGUAAUUGCUCGGUUGAUUGAUUGGGGUUUUGAAACAUAUAUGAAAGAAUAGUCGAUCAACUUUCGUAUAUUUUAGACUAUCUAUUGCCAAUUAUGGAUUGUUGAUCGAUACACCUUUCAGUCUGUCGAUCGAUGCAACUACUAAGUUGUCAAUCGACGUUCCUUCCAGCAAGCUUUACCGCACGGGUUUGACUUGUUCACUAGGUUAAACCAAAUUAGUUGUCGCUUGUUUCUAGCAAUCAUAGCACAAUGUAAACUAGAUCAGACAAAGGACCAUGCUUCCGCUUGGGUCCUAAUAUCUAUGGACAAGGUCCUAGUUAUCUACUCUAGAACACAUGCAUUAAAGAACAGUUCAAUUGAUUGAUAUCCUAACACUUAGCAAUUUUAUAUUUUGGGCUAAUCCCUCAGGAAUAUCUGAACCUUAAAUCUAAGAAAGAGAACUACUCAGACAUAGCUAAACAAUUCAUAA